AUGUCAAAGGAAGUUCACGCGAGCGUAGUUCUUUUAGCUCAUGUUAUCAAGAAGGAUUUACAACGAAAACUAAAGAAAAACUUGAAAGAGAAAAGAAAAUGGGGGCACUUUAACGAAAGAGAAGAAUGUAAAAAGUUAAAAGAAAUUAAUACAAAAUUAGAAACGGACAUAAAAGAAGCUCGCGAAUUAGAAAAAUCUCACCGUUUCCAUUUACAGAAUUCGCGUGAAAUGAUUGGAAAUCUACAAGAAACUAUUUCACAGUUGGUUUAUCUUAAAAGAGACGUAAAAAGGUUGAAAGAAGAAAUUAUUGCAAAAGACACUACUAUAGUAGCAAUGGAAAAGGAUAAAGAAGCAGUUGAAAAGAAGCAAAAUGAGAUUCUUUCAGAAUUGCGUAGCUUUUAUGAACAACAGAUAGAAGAAAUCAAAACCGGAAAUGAACGGAAACUACGACAAGUCCAACACGAUUCUGAUACGCAAAUAGCGCAGUUCACAUUCUCGGUCGCGGAAUUGAGGAGCAAACUAAAUGAAGUGGAAGCGGAACACAGGGACAAGAAAUUACAAGAACUGGAAGAAAAACUGAAGCAAAGCCAAUUCAAAGAAUACCUAGCUCAGAGCUCUUACUCAUCGCAACUCGAAAGCGGGUUGGAAAGACCUUAUUCUGUGAGCAGAGAAAUAUACACUGACACUUCUUCUGUUGAUUUAUAUCCAGUGCCCGAGGGUCCUAAGCAGCUGCCAAAAUGCAUAAUAAAUCAGAACAAGGUGCCAAGAGCAACUAAUACUCUUCAAGUCACAUACAGUGGCAGCAAAACUUCGUCCACGAUAAGCAGCAACGAAAAGAAAGGACAAUUCAACAUAACAAAAAAGCGUAAGCUCUACACUGAGAAGGACUUUCAAGGCUUUUAA